CAGGCGUAUUGUUACUUUUGGGAUUAUUUGUAAAAUAUUUCGUCAUAAUGGAGCAGGACAAUCCAGCUUUCGAACUUGAGAACGAAACAAACGCCGCAGAAAAGGAAAUCCAGACAAAAGUCGAUGAACCGAAGGCGUCUAUUGUGAAUAUCAAAGACGAAGGCAGAGUCAAGAGUGACAUCUUAUACACAGUGGAUGAAGUUCCUCGUUGGUACCUCUGUGUCUUAUUUGGGAUUCAGCAAUAUCUGACGAUGUUUGGGGCGUCUGUGGCAUAUCCUUACUUGGUCACACCAAGGCUCUGCAUCCAAGAAUCCGACCCGGCUCGAGGCUACAUAACAUCAACAAUAUUUUUUGUGUCAGGUUUAGGGACCCUAAUCCAGUCAACAUUCGGAACAAGUGAGGAAGAAAUGCUGUCGGCAACAGAAGAAGAGCUACAAGAAAUCUGGCAACUCCGAAUGAGAGAGAUCCAAGGUGCUAUCAUUGUGGCGUCCAUCUUUGAAACGGUUAUUGGACUCACAGGUGUUAUUGGAAUAAUACUUCAGUGGUUAACUCCUUUAGUUAUCGUCCCAACCAUAGCGUUGGUAGGACUUUCUCUAUUCGAAGAAGCAGCUUCUGAAGCUAGUAAAAACUGGGGAAUAGCGAUUUUAACAAUGUUCCUUCUUGUGCUCUUCUCCCAGUACCUUGAAAGCAUUAAUAUCUCUUGUUGUAGCUACAGUAAAGAAAGAGGAUGGAAGAUCAAACAACUCCCCUUUUUCAAGCUUUUUCCAGUGUUACUUACCAUUGUUACUGCGUGGGUUAUUUGUUUCAUACUAACUGCUUCAGGUGCCCUAGGACCAACCAACGCAGCCAGAACUGAUCUUCGUGUACAAACGAUGUAUUCCAGCCCAUGGUUUAGGUUUCCUUAUCCAGGACAGUGGGGUUUACCAACAGUCAGUGUCGGUGCAGUUUUUGGAAUGUUGGCAGCAGUAUUAGCAUCUGUAGUGGAUUCAUUAGGAAGUUACUAUGCAUGCGCACGACUAGCUUGCGCUUCUCAUCCUCCAACUUGCGCUAUAAACCGUGGAAUUUUUGCGGAAGGAAUUUCCUGUAUCCUCUCUGGUAUCUGGGGAUCUGGAGGCGCGUUGACUUCUUACAGUGAAAACAUUGGAGCAAUUGGAAUAACAAAAGUGGCUAGUCGACGUGUUGUUCUGUGUGGUGCUGUUACCAUGAUGAUCCUUGCAGUUCUGGGAAAGUUUGGAGCCUUCUUCAACACUAUUCCUGAGCCCAUUAUUGGAGGAAUCUUCUGUGUCAUGUUUGCAACCAUAACGGGAGUUGGACUGUCCAAUGUCCAAUUCAUCGACCUCCACUCAUCCAGAAAUAUUCUUAUCCUUGGAUUAUCUUUAUUUAUGGGGAUUACCAUUCCAAAGUGGUUUAAGAAUCACCCAGGUACUAUUGAUGUGGGGAAUGACGCAGCAAACCAGUUCAUUACAGUUCUUUUGAACACUGGUGUAUUUGUUGGUGGACUCAUUGCGUUCGUGUUAGACAAUUCCAUACCAGGGACAGAUGAAGAAAGAGGACUCAUCAAAUGGAGAGAACAAGGCCUUGAACAUAAUAUAUCUGAAGGUGAUGAGUCGACACUUCCGUCACCUUCAACCUAUGACCUCCCAUUCGGCAUGGACGUAAUUAAAAGAUAUCAAAUUUUCAAGUACAUUCCUAUCAGUCCAACAUACGACCAGAAUAUAUUUCUUGGUAAAUUAAAAGCAUUAUUUAACAGAUUUAAACCUCAAAAGAAUAAUAAUCAUAACAUCGACUCUCAAAAUUAAGAUCGUCUUUUUUAUUGACAACAAUUAACAGAAAAGUCAAUAUAAAUGUAUGAUUGAUUUGAUCCCCUAAGAACAGGUUAUUUUAAUACCUUUUUUGUUAUGAGAAUCUUUAUAAUUUGUAAAUUUCUAUUCCCAUACCUUAACUAAUGGUACUGGAAAAUAAUAAUCAUAACAUCGACUGUCUCUCAAAAGUAAAAAAAAAAACAACAACAAACUGUUAUCAUCUUUUUAUUUAAUACGUUUAAUAGAAAAGUCAAUUAAAGUGUGUAUUUAGUUUGAUACAAUAAGACCAGGUUGUUUUGAUACCUUUCUUAUUUAUUAUAAUGUUUAAAAAUGUUCGUAAUUUCUAAGUUCCUAUUCCCAUACCUUAACUAAUGCUACUAAAAAUGUGCAUAAACAGGCGUAUUAAAAUCGUGUUUUUACAGAAGUAGAUCUAAAUCAAGUCAUUGUACAACCUGCAGCGUGUUAAGUUUCCGUUACUUCAUGUGUGAUUGAAACAAAAUACAUAAAAUAAUAGUUUGUAGUUUUCGUAACCUACUUUCUAGUUUAGGUGUAUAAGAACUUUAGACAACAAAUUC